CUUCCGCCCCGCGCCGGGCUCGGCGCCGCUCGGGCCGGGCAGACGCGGCUUCCGCCCGGCCGGAGCAUGACCCAGGCCGAGAAAGGCGAGGCGGAGAACGGCAAGGACAAGGAGCGCGACCGGGAACGCGAGCAGCGCGGUGUGAAGCGGCCCAUCGUCCCCGCCGCCGUGCCCGAGUCGCUGCAGGAGCAAAUACAGAGCAACUUCAUCGUGGUGAUCCACCCCGGCUCCACCACCCUGCGGCUCGGGCGGGCCACGGACACGCUGCCCGCGGGCAUCCCGCACGUGAUCGCGCGGCGGCACAAGCAGCCGGGCCAGGCGGCCUACAGGGACAGCUGGCUCCUCAGGGACGGCCUCAAUAAACCUGAAAGUACUGAGCAGAGACAAAAUGGCCUUAAAAUGGUGGACCAAGCAAUAUGGUCCAAAAAGAUGUCGAAUGGAGCGAGGCGCAUUCCAGUGUCACCUGAUCAGGCCAGGUCCUACAACAGACAGAUGAGGCCUGCCAUUUUGGAUCACAGCUCUGGGGCCAAGUGGACAAACACAUCAAAUCAUCCUGAGUUUUUGGUGGGAGAAGAGGCCCUGUAUGUUAAUCCAUUAGAUUCUUACAACAUACACUGGCCCAUUAGAAGGGGGCAGCUGAACCUCCACGCAGGACCUGGUGGCUCCCUCACUGCAGUACUGGCAGACUUGGAAGUUAUAUGGUCACAUGCAAUACAAAAAUACCUGGAAAUACCCCUGAAAGACCUAAAGUACUACAGAUGCAUCUUACUAAUUCCAGACAUCUAUAAUAAACAACAUGUGAAAGAACUGGUAAAUAUGAUCCUAAUGAAGAUGGGCUUCUCAGGAAUUAUUGUACACCAGGAGUCUGUCUGUGCUACCUUUGGAAGUGGUUUAAGCAGUGCAUGCAUCGUAGAUGUGGGAGAUCAGAAGACAAGUGUUUGCUGUGUAGAAGAUGGUGUUUCCCAUCGCAAUACCAGGCUGUGCCUUGCCUAUGGAGGAUCUGAUGUGUCAAGGUGUUUUUAUUGGCUUAUGCAGCGAGCAGGAUUCCCAUACAGAGACUGCCAGUUAACUAAUAAGUUGGAUUGCCUGUUGCUUCAGCACCUAAAGGAGACAUUUUGUCAUCUAGAUCAGGAUAUUUCUGGAUUACAAGAUCAUGAGUUCCAAAUUCGGCAUCCGGAUUCUCCGGCUUUAUUGUACCAGUUCCGAUUAGGGGAUGAAAAAUUACAGGCACCCAUGGCUCUGUUUUAUCCAGCAACUUUUGGAAUUGUUGGACAAAAAAUGACAAUUUUGCAGCACAGGUCACAAGGUGAUCCUGAGGAUCCUCAUGAUGAACAUUAUCUGCUGGCCACACAAAGUAAGCAGGAGCAGUCUGCAAAAGCUACAGCUGACAGAAAAUCUAUGUCAAAGCCUGGUGCAUUUGAGGGAGAAUUGAGAGGCCAAUCCUCAGACAUUUCAGAAAGGAUCUACCCACAAGAAGUGGAGCUGGGCUCUUCCCAGGGUGACUGUAUGAUACCUGGCAAUGAUUCAGAGGAACCUUUAACUGCACACAUGUCCCGGAAAACUGCUAUCUCUCAGUUUGAAGGCAAAGCCUUGGGCCUGGACAAAGCCAUCCUUCAUAGUAUCGACUGCUGUGCAUCUGAUGAUACAAAAAAGAAGAUGUACAGCUCCAUCUUAGUAGUGGGAGGAGGCCUUAUGUUUCAUAAAGCUCAAGAGUUUCUUCAACACCGAAUUCUCAACAAAAUGCCACCUUCUUUCAGAAGAGUUGUUGAAAAUGUCGAGGUCAUCACAAGGCCUAAGGAUAUGGAUCCACGUUUAAUUGCCUGGAAAGGAGGGGCAGUUCUGGCCUGUCUGGACACAACUCAGGAGCUGUGGAUAUACCAGAGGGAGUGGCAGCGCUUCGGUGUCAGGAUGUUACGGGAGCGAGCUGCCUUUGUGUGGUAA